AUGGCUUCUUCAGACCAAACAGCUAGCAUUUUCGACAAUAUUCAAAGCAAACUGUGCUCUCGAUGUGCAACGCGCAAGACGCUGGGAGAAUUUGUCCGGUUCCAUGGAAGCCGAGAGAAAGAGUUCGCUAUAUGUAACAGUUGUUCACAAAAGAAAAAGGGAAAAAGACCUUUGAAAUCUAAUGAAGACGAUGAGACCCGACCCGAAAAUGCUCUUGAUGAAAACAGCGAGCUGGAAGAAGACAUCAAUAAUAAUGAAGACGAUGUUAUAUACGAAUUAGCUGAAUUAGAAGAAAUAUUUGCUAGAUAUUUUACGAACAUCGAAGAAACCACAGAAGUAAAUUUCUCAAAAACGUUCGAACUUGAAGAUGAAUUAAUCGAUAAUUUCAAUGCCGAUGGCGAUACUACGGAAGAAGACAAAUUCCGUAACAUAAUCUGUUUUUUCCUCUUACCGAUUGAAGCUGAAUCUCGCUAUUAUUGGGAGAUUAGAAAACUUUAUUGUCAUCAAAAUAAUACUGGUCAAGCAACAGUAUAUCUUGGCUGCGCUCAAAGAAUGGAUCGAAAAUCUACGCGUCCGGAAAGUCGACCGACGAAGAGAAUAAGCGAAGCAAGACCUCCGAUCGAAAGAUAUUCGUGUAAGGGAAAGAUUACGAUUACUAUUGAUAUCAACAUACGUCAAGCAAAAGUUAAGAUCAAACAUUUGAUUUCUCAUAAACGUCCAACGUACCGUGAAAGUAAUUUACCCGAAAAUGCCAUAACAUGGAUAUUCAAUAAUCUCAAUCGAAAUAUCAGAAAAGUCGACAUUUACAAAAGGCUUUGUGAAGAAGGACUUGUUGAUUCGACAAUACACACCUAUCGUCAAGUGUAUUAUUGGGCUUCAAAAUUUUCCGCUCAACAAUAUGUUUCCAACGCCUCCAAUCAACUCAUAUCGUCUCUAAAUUUUUUAAAGCAAAAUGAAUUAAUUGACGAGGGAUACAAAGUAAUGCUAUAUGUCGAAAACGAUUUUGUGCGCGCGCUUGGAUUUCUUACACCAUUUAAUGGUCAAAUUCGGAGAGAGGAUAUUAAUGAAAUUGUGAUAGAUUCUACCUUCAAGACCAAUCAAGAAAAGUUUGAACUAUUUACAGUGAUAGUAAACUGGGGUGGUUAUGGAGUUCCACUUGCAUAUCUAUAUGUUGAUAC